ACUUACAGCUGUGAUAUGUUCAGAGGUCGUCGGACACCGCCGCUCCUUCCAAACCUCGAAGCCAAGAAUGGACCACAACUUUCAGAGAACCUCUUUUUGGUGGAUUAUCGUCAUCGUCUCAGUUUCCACGCUCACAGAAAGCCGGCUCGCGUACAGCCGAGGCUCCAGCGCAACAACAAACUCCCACAUCCCAAGCAGGACUCACGGUAACCGCCAGCGUCCACUGACUGCGGUCAACCCGCAGCAAAGCGCGGAGCUCAGCGCGCCGCGGCCUCGACCCGUCGUGGUCAACUGCCACCCGGACUCGAUGGAGGUUGUGGUGCAGGCGGACAUGUUUGAUAAAGGCCUUCAAGUGGACGGCAGACAUCUGAGCCUGGGCUCGGGUUCAGCGAGCGAGGGGAGUGCAUGUACAGCAAUCCCAUCAGGAGAGGCGGAAUUCACCCUGCGGGCCGACCUGAUGGAUUGUGGGACUAAACUCUCAUCGACAAAGGAGAAGAUUAUCUAUUCUAAUACUCUGGUCUACUCACCUGAACCUUCAUCUGAUGGUUUGCUAAGACUGGAGCGAGCAAUUAUUCCAGUGGAAUGUCAUUAUGAAAAGAGGUAUGCUGUGGAUGGCAUUUCCGUGCAUCCCACCUGGGUUCCUUUUGUUUCCACGGCCUCAGCAGGGAGUCAGAUAGAUUUCUAUGUGCUACUCAUGACCGAUGAUUGGCAGUUUAAGAGGGGAUCUUAUUCUUACUACCUCGGCGACCCCAUUCAUUUAGAAGUGUCUGCCGUCAUUGGUGACCACAUGCCCCUGAGAGUCUAUGUUGACCACUGUGUUGCCACGGCAAUUCCCGAUGCAGAGGCUGCAUUAAGAUACGACUUUAUUGAGAAUUACGGAUGUCUCGCUGAUGCUUACUUGACAAACUCAAGCUCCCAUUUCUUACCAAGAGUUGAAGAGCACAAGCUGAGGUUUCAACUUGAUGCCUUCAGGUUCUAUCAGGAGCCCAGCAAUCAGGUCUACAUAACCUGCUACGUCAAGGCUGUUCCAGUUUUGUUAGCAGCCAGCUCUCAGAACAGGGCCUGCUCUUUAAUUGAUAACAGAUGGAGGUCAGUUGAUGGGAACGACCAGGCGUGUAGAAGCUGUGAUAUCUCCCAUCGGGUUGAGGAGCCAGAGUCCACAGCAUCUCCUAAAACUACCACAAACACAAAAGCAUGGCCCCACAUAACUCCACAGGAGAGUUUAGUCCAGAACAGACCCGGAAAACACACUGCCAGUUAUUUCCGUUUCCGUCCAGAACUGCACCAGAGCCAACUCAACAAACCUCUGCAAUCCUCUGCUAGAUUGAUGAAAACAGGGGCAGAGUCCACAGCAGAGCAAACUAUCCAGCUGGGACCCAUUACUGUCCUGUCCUCCAGCAAAAUCGACACAAGGCCGACAGAUUUGACAACAGCACUUUCACCAAAGAACCCGACCACCUGAGACUCAGGAUUGCACAGUGGAUUGAAAAAAAAAAAAACGAAAAAACAUUGCCUGUAUGUGCAGGAGAAACAAACAUUUGGACACAGCUGACAACCACUGUGAAUGCAGAGAUUAAUCUCGUCAUUCAAAAUACCUUCUGGCUUGAAAUAAAGUUCUUCCUGUGAUCUUUACUCUCAAUCGUCAAA